AUGGCUUUCUUCCCCCGCAACUUCUACAACUCCGACGCCUCCUUCACCCCUCUCUUCCGCCUCUUGGAGGACUUUGACAACUACUCCCGCCAAGGCAAUGGCACUCCUUCCAGCGGCGCGCGCGGCACCCACCGCAACCACGUCCCGACCUUCCAGCCAAAGUUCGACGUCCGCGAGGUCGAGGACGCCUACGAGCUCCACGGCGAGCUCCCCGGCAUGAGCAAGGACGACGUCUCCAUCGAGUUCACCGACCCGCACACCCUCCACAUCCGCGGCCGCGUCGAGCGGUCCUACACCGCCGGCACCCCACCCGCGGGCCUGCUCCAGUCUUCCGCAACUGAGAUGAGCGGCGCCAUCGCCGAUGGCAGCAACAACGACGCCGCCAGCACCACCACCAGCAGCGCUGAGCGCCCUCGCUCGCCUCACCAGGCUACCGUCGAGGAUGAGGAGGACGACGAGACAAACUCCACUGCUCAGCCUACUCCCGCCACCACCAAGGAGCCCGUCGACAACGCAAAGUACUGGGUCUCGGAGCGCAGCAUCGGCGAGUUCAGCCGGGUCUUCAACUUCCCCGGCCAGAUCACGCAGGACGCUGUCUCGGCUGGCUUCAAGGAUGGUAUCCUUUCCAUCCGGGUGCCCAAGGCUCCCAAGCACGAGACUCGUCGCAUCUUCAUCAACUAA